AGGUGACCUGGGGGCUUGGGAGUGAACGGGAAAGAAGCUGCAAGAGGAGGGAACUUGGUGGGGAGCGAACAGACCACUCGGUAAUUGUCUUCUGUGAAACUCAAAAUCAGUUUGAACCGCUCGUUUCAGCGCAUCUUGUCGGAAAACGAUAGUGCUUUGGGUGAAUUGCAAGGAUGGGGUCUGACUCUCGUAGGUGUGUCUUGAAAGGGAGCCGAUGUGGUGCUUGUCUCGCUGUUUUUGGGCUUUUUGUGUUGUGCUUGCAGUUCGAGCUUGCGGCCUCGUUCCGGUUGACCGCCUUAUAUCGUUUCGACAGAAGUUCUGGGAAAAAGUCCAAGACCGAACCUCCUGCUGCUGGGGGUGUCAAGCGACAUUUGGAUAGUUCAAUGUUGCCUGAUGUAAGUUUGGCGACAGAUGCAGUGCUGGCGUCAGAAAUGAGGUUUGGAUCUAAAGGAGAAGAGCUCAGCUACUACUUCAAGGAUGGACAGCGAAGCGACGGAGGAGUAGGAGAAGGAGGAGCGUCGUCGGGGAUGCUAAAGCUCAAGAGGAUCAUGUACGCGACGUUCUUACCCUCAGGCUAUCCUGCAAGUCUUCCAGACGAGUACACCAAGUAUCAGGCUUUCAACCUGCUCCAAGACCUCUCCUCCAACCUUCGAGGAAUUCUGUCCACCCAGAAGAUCCUCGAAGGAAUGGGUGUUGGUAAGGCAGGAGUCACCUCUCUUGCCGCUACUAUGCAGUGGAUGGCGAGGGAUGGAAGCUCUAUGCUGGGGGGUUUGCUGUUUACUGCGUUUGCGAGCUCAAGCUUCGGAAUUGACAUCAAACGGUGGAGGCUUUUUGCGGACCUGAUCAAUGACGUGGCUCUGCUCCUCGACAUGCUUGCUCCUGCGUAUCCAGAUCUGUUCCUUCCCAUCAUCUGCCUCUCCUCUGUAUUCAAAGCCAUGUGCGGAGUUGCCGCUGGGGCAUGCAAUACUGCAAUCGUCCAGCAUUGGGCUGCCAGGGGAAACAUCGCUGAUGUUGGGGCAAAGACCGGCGCUCAGCAUACAUUCGUCUCUGUGCUGGUAUGCCACCCAGACGGCAUCUUGAAAUAUGAAUGUUUGAUGAUGCCGCAGGCACUUCCCAUGGGGUUUUUGUUUGCACAAGCGGCGAACUCAUCGCUCCAAAGCCUAUGGUGA